ACCAAGUGCUUCUUUUCUGUGUUUAGUGACGUUUUGGAGGCAGCAGCUCGUGACCUGAGCUGCAGGUCCGUCGUCACCUUCCUCAUACGAAGCUCUGAGGAAGAAGAUCACAGGAUCUGUGGCGGGAGACGAAGCUCAGGAGGUGAUUGGGUUCAGCGACAGCAGAGGAGGAGAGUCAGUGACAGAGGGGGGAGGGGGAGAGAGACAAGUAGGUCUGUGAAGGUGCAGAUCAGCUCAUCAGGGAGGGAAGAGUGUCGAGGUAGAGCGUAAGAAGAAGGAGCAGAGAAGUCUUCAAACAUGGCGGAUGUUUGGUUACAUUAGUCGCCUCAUGUGGACCAGAGACCAGCCACAGGCCCCAGAACUUCACCGAUCCUCCGUCCUCCAUCCAAGCGUCUCUCCAGUCAGCGUGUGUCCUCAGGUGUAGGUGAACUAUGGACGCCUCCUGGUUCCUCCUGGUUCUGUCGGUUGCCAUCCUCGUCUCCAUGGUGCUGCUGGUCGUCGUCUGUCUGGACUGCUGGAACAAAGGCCCUCUGGUCUCCAUCAGACAGACGAACGCUUCAGAGGAAUACAUGCAAUCCACUGAAUUCAGAGUCAUCCAUCCAUUGCACCCAGGCAGUGAUCUGAACUCCAUCCGCUCUGGCCCCCACCUGCUGUCACCACCAAGAGUCCUCUCAUCUUCAACUGAUCCUGGAACUCAGCGGAGACACCAAUCCUUCACCCAAACAGAAACCGAAAGUAAUCCAAGUUAUGAGAAUCCAGUAGAAGCACCUGAGUACGCAAACCCUGACCCUAACUGUCAUGACAGCGAUGUAGAAGAACCUGGAUACAUCAUCGUGAUACCCGACGGUGAGGCUCUUGCUCCGUCAAGCAUCAGCCGAGCCUCAACGCCCAGUUCAGAUGUUCGUCAUGAAUAUGUGAACCUUGAAGAGGAGAAACAGAAAGAGGAAGAAGAGGAACAAGAAGAGGAUGAAGACGACUUAGACUAUCAGAAUGUGGAUCCAAAGAAUUCUCUAACUCACUCGCUCACCGCUGCUCUCUGUCGCUCUCGCCCCACGAGCCGGGAGGAGGGGCCAACCCGGAACGAUGCAACGUCAGAGUCAUCGGCUCUAAGCGAAAGUGAUGAUGACGAUGAUGAUAGUGAGGGGAACUACGUCAACCAGCCACCAGUAAGUUCAAACAAGCUCAUUGAUGUUUCCCUCCUGAAGCUGCAGCCGCCGCUCACAUCCUCUCGUUCCUCUCAGUUGAUUCACAGCCAGCUCAGAGCAUGA